UUGUGUUUCCUGUUUACCGUUGUAACGCUUUUGUUUGCCUGCUUUUGUUUUUUGUUGCUGGUUUAAAGACAUUGUUUUGCAUGUCUUUUACCACGACUGAUCAGAGAAGGGUUUGCCGAGGUGUCCAUUUAGCCUCUGCUCCCCAGUGAGAAAGCGACAGAAGGGCCGUGAAAAUCAGCCCUAAUGGAAGAGAUAGAAACAGAGCUGACUUGCUCCGAGCAGGACGCUUUAGGAGCAGACUUCAUCACGGUCGAGCUCGACACCCAACCCAUCGAAUAUGUGGUCAAGUGGGCCGAGGUGGGCUCAAAAUUCACCAUAGCCUGUGUCAAAAAGGAUCUGGACGAGGCUGGUUGCUUCACCUCGGAUCAGAUAGUGAAAGUGGAAACGGAUGAGACGUUCUUGGUCCCUUACGAAUCGGUGUACCCAGAAUGUGAGGAAAUAGAUCCGAAUCUGAUCCCGACGCACGAGGAGGAGGUGGGAAGCGAAUCGGACUCGGGCGACAACACGGAGCCGGAGAACAGCCUGCUGUGCGACGCCGAGGACGUUUCGGAUAUUUCCUGGGAGAAGGAGGUGUCUCACACUAGAACCUAUAAGUGCCACUUCUGUGGCAAGAUCUACAGCCACUCCUCCAGUCUUGCUCGCCACCUGCACGUUCACUCGGAUAGAUCGGCCCUCGCCUCCUCCAAGGGUUUCAGCAAGGUAGGCGACAGCAAAAAGUCUCUCCAGUGCAAUCUGUGCGGGGUAAGGUGCAACGGCAAGCGGCUUUUGGCGAUUCACAAGAAAUGCCACAAAACCAAGAGACUGCACACGUGCAACACAUGCGGCAAAACGUUCAAUCACAGCUCCAGUCUGUCGCGGCAUCGGUUAAUCCACAAAAAAGGCUUGGAUAAGAGCGCUAGGCCGUUGUACCCGGCGCCAACCCCGGCGCCCAUCAUGACCCAGCACAGUUUCCAAUCCAGCCACGGCACAAACAAACGAACGCCGGUCUCGUCGGGCGAGCGAGAGAAGCAAUACCAGUGCGCCCAGUGCGACAGGGUCUUCAGCCACUCCGCCGGCCUCUCCAAACACCAGGUGGCUCACGUGCGACAGCUCCUCAACUCGUACACGCACGGCAAAGACUCGCUCGACAAGUCCUCGGACCUCAAGAUCCGCCUGAAGCUGUGCUCCCGCGACAAGCCCAACUACUACACCCUGUGCAAGAAGAACAAGCACGGCAAAGGAGGCAAGAAGAGGCUGUGCUUGCCCAACGAAGAGCGGCCGUACCCCUGCCGCAUGUGCGACAAGCGCUUCAGCCACACCACCAGCCUGUCCCGCCACGAGCACACGCACGCCAGCGACAAGUGCUACACCUGCAACGUGUGCAAGAAGACCUUCAUCCGCCUGUCCAACCUCAAGCAGCACCAGCAAACGCACGCGUCGGGGAAGCUCUACGAAUGCCCGCAGUGUGGGAAAACUUUCGUUCACUCCUCCAGCUUCUCGCGCCACAAGAAGGUCCACGCGGGGAUGAAGCUGUCGCCGACACUGGAAGACAUUAAGUGCGAAGAGGAACUGGUCAUCGACGAGGUGGCGCCGCUGGAAUACGAGUCGGACUGAGAGGGAUUGAGAUUGUUCUGGAAAGUGUUGUGUUUUUGCUGGUUUUUCUUUUACGGUUUGCCCCUCGAUUCUUAUUUCACUGCAUCCCUGGCCGUGCGGCUUCUUUCUAAUAGUCUUGUAAUUCUUACAGCCCUUUUCGGCCACAUUACAGGGGAUAUAGUAGCAAUCUUUGUUAAUGAAUUUUCGACAUUCCCUUUUGUUUUGUUCGUUCAGUUUCUUGGGAAGGUAAUUCUUUGCGAGCCAAAUUGUGUAGUUAAUUUAUGUCCCCCUUUUUUAGGUGUCCACAAGAAAAGCAGAUGGCAGGUGUUAUUUAUUUUUCGUGCUUGCACUAAACCUGUGAACCCAAAGUACUUAUUGAGGUGUGUGUUGGAGUAGAAGGGGCAAAGGCAAGGCAAGUUUUGUAUGCAAGAAGUACAUUUUAUAUGCAAGUUACUUGAAUGUUGUUCCAUUAAGUGUGUGGUAUGAAUCAAUGAUGUCCCCUGUAAUUAUAUUUAUGAGAUCUAAUUUCUUAGACCAACACAUUUUUCUCACUUGAAGUCUGGACACACGAAAACAGGUUUUGCUGUUUGGUUUUAUGGGAUAUUAUACAGUUUAACUUAAAACUGCUGUGUUAGACCGAACGGGAGUGUUUGACUCUCUGGAUUGGACUAGUUUCCUCAACAUGUUGUCUUUGGUACUUCUUUCCUAUUCAAUGUUCAUUUGUCAAAAUAUGAAAUCCAUUGUGUCCAUGGAGGGCGCAUUUUAUGCUUAUUGGACAUGGACAUGUACAGAUGCACUUGAAAUGUUGUUCAUAUAGAUUUGUGUGCACUUGAUGAAUACGAGAAAAGAAUAUACUCGCAAAGUGUGUGCUUUUUACUUCUGCUGUAUAUGUGUACAAAGUUGCAGUUGCAAAAAAAAAAAAAUCAUACAAAAAGAUGUUCUAUCUGAUUUAUUUUUCUGUAUCUUCAUAAGUUAUGGAAUAGUCAAGGGAUUUCAUAUUUUAACAAGCAUUGCACUAUUGUAUUUAUAGACAGAAGCACUACGUAUUUAGGAAAUUGGAGCGCGACUUUGGAUCUAAAUGAGCGAGGCACGGAAAUAUCUUCCAUGCGUUUUUAAAAAAAUCGAUCAAGUGCCGUGAGCUACCUUAUGUAAGAGUUGCACCACGUGCAUCGAAGACGUGCGGUUCAGCUCAUCAGAGGUGUUUUAUCGCUCUCCGGUUCGCGUCUGGACUUUCUCUCACCAUUUACUAUCUGAAUUGAAAUUGAUUAGCAAUUACUAACCCAUUUAUGGUGUUGAAAAAUGAGACUUUGAGAAGAGUUGAAAUGAAGCACAGAUGGCGGUGUUGCACCCGGAAUGAUGUUAUCAAAAAAAGAAAAAGAAAACGCUCUUGGUACUCUCUGUGGUUGUCUGUAGUUUUAAUAUAUUUCCUUUGUUCUUGCCAUUGUUUUCAAUUCUUUCCAAUAUUUCCAAUGAGGUUUAUCCGCACUUCUGUCCACACUCCUCACGGUUUGAUUUAUGUUUGUCAUUUUCUUUGUUUUCGAUUGCUGUGGCUAUUUCAUCUCUCAAUGCAGCAGACCUACAUCUUAUAUAAAAGAUGUAUGUUUUUGUAUUGUGUUUGCCAUUAGACUAUAGUUUAAGAGUUCUGUCUUGCAUUUUUGUAAUAAAUAAUUGGUUCAUGAAUCA